AUGCCGCCAGCAAGAGGAGGGAGGGGUGGUCGCGGCGGUGGACGUGGGGGCGCAUUCAAUCCCGUGCGAGGGACAGUAACCAUUGCUGGCACAGAGCUCAACUGGGAUCUGAGUGGCCUCGAAAUCCAGAAGGGCCCUGCCGAGCGUUUUCCUGACAGACCACCUCCCCAGGCGCCGCCGCCAACCGACGACGAGGCAGACAUGGUUAGACAUCAUCUUUCAUUCCGCGAUCGCGUACACGAGGGUCCAUUUUACACACUCCUGAACGAUGGCAUGAAGGACGGCCUAAAGCGCAAGGCCAGCGAGCCAGCACCCACCGAAGCUACUUUGUUCGAUCCCUUUACCGGCAACCAGACAUACUCUGCCAAGUACUUGAAGGUGCGGAGAAGAUUGCCAAAACUAGAUGAACGGCCAUACGUUGUCGACCUUUUCCCUGCGGAACUGCGAUCCUUAUUAGACGGCACACACACCGACGGUAACCCGACUAAGAAGCGUAGGACACUGGGUGGUACCCAGGUCAACCCCCUGUCGGAAAUCGAGCGCAUGAUCAAGUCAGCAGAGGAUAAGAACACUGAAGCAAAAGCCCGUGCUGAAGAGGAGGGAGAUGAAGAGGUCGAAGAGGAAGAGGAAGAGGAAGACGCAGACGAGGAAAAGCCCGAAGCGGUUGGCGAGGAUGAUAAUUAUUCCGCCGCAUCGACCGACUCAGAGGAGUCUGAUGACGAUUACAACGCCGAGCAGUACUUUGAUAACGGCGAGGAUGAUGACAUUGAUGAUGGAGAUCCGUACCAGAACACGUACGACGAGUAG